ACCACCCCUUACACUCUGCGCCCCAUUACGCCAGGGUCCACCCCUUACCCUCUGCCCCCCGUUCCCCUCAGGGACCACCUGCCCUCCUCCUCACCCGGGAGAGAACCGGCUCGCGGGGCCGCGCUCUGCAAAAUAUCCGGCGAUUGUGCGCAGUGAGCGCUGGGUGUCAGCUGUGCAUCACCCACAGGCAGGCUGCACUGCGAGCAGGGGGAAGAGGAGGAGACCGACCACCCAUCCCCCAGCCAGACCGCCACGGCCCGGAGCAGGGGGACACCACCGGAACCCUCCGAACACAACCACACCGGGGAACCAGGGGGCUCCUGACAUAGCAAGCGCUGCGCCGCCCAGCCCCGUUAGCCGCUGCCGGUGUCAUUGGCCCGAGCACCGCUAUCUCAUCCAUCCAGACAGUACAUGUGAUCGGCUGGAUCGCGCUGCCGGGGAUCUAGAGGCGGAGAGCGAGUAGCGGACUUCGGAGAGGAUGUUAAACGUGGAGAGCCUGGACCGGGUGGAUCUCUGUGAGAGUCUGUUGACGUGGAUACAGACGUUUCAUGUAGAUGCACCAUGUAAAACCGUAGAAGACCUUACCAGUGGGGUGGCAAUGGCUAUGGUCCUUCAGAAAAUUGAUCCUUCAUACUUUGAUGAGAACUGGUUGAACAGGAUCAAAACUCAUGUGGGAGACAACUGGAGGCUCAAGAUAAGUAAUCUGAAGAAAAUUUUAAAGGGGAUUUUGGACUACAAUCAUGAGAUUUUGGGCCACCAGAUAAACGAUUUUACACUUCCAGAUGUUACCUUGGUUGGAGAGCACUCUGAUGCCUCGGAACUAGGAAGAAUGCUCCAACUUAUUUUAGGCUGCGCUGUAAAAUGCGAACAGAAGCAAGAGUACAUCCAAACAAUUAUGAUGAUGGAAGAGUCCGUACAGCAUGUGGUAAUGACUGCCAUACAGGAGCUGAUGAGUAAAGAAACCCCUGUCUCUAUUGGAACAGAUGCCUUUGCUGAACUUGACAAACAACUAAAGAAAACAACAGAAGAACUGAAUGAAGCAUUGGCAGCAAAAGAAGAAAUUGCCCAGAGAUGUCACGAACUUGACAUGCAGGUUGCAGCGCUCCAAGAAGAGAAGAGCAGCUUACUUGCUGAGAACCAGGUUCUUAUGGAACGUUUAAAUCAGUCUGAUUCUUUAGAAGAUCCUAACAGCCCAGCUGGAAGAAGGCACCUCCAACUUCAGACACAGCUGGAGCAGCUACAAGAAGAAACCUUUAGGCUUGAAGCAUCAAAAGAUGAUUACAGGAUACGUUGUGAAGAGCUAGAGAAGGAGAUCACAGAACUAAGGCAACAAAAUGAAGAUUUAACAACACUAGCCGAUGAAGCGCAGUCGUUGAAAGAUGAAAUGGAUGUGCUGAGGCAUUCGUCGGAUAAAGUAGCAAAGUUAGAGAGUCAGGUAGAGACUUACAAGAAGAAGCUUGAAGAUCUGGGUGAUCUACGAAGGCAGGUGAAACUGCUAGAAGAAAAAAACACCAUGUACAUGCAAAAUACCGUCAGCUUGGAGGAGGAACUCAGGAAAGCAAAUGCUGCUCGGAGUCAGCUGGAGACCUACAAGAGACAGGUUGUGGAGCUUCAGAAUAGACUUUCUGAAGAAUCGAAGAAAGCUGACAAAUUGGACUUUGAGUACAAGAGAUUAAAAGAAAAAAUUGACAGCUUACAAAAAGAGAAGGACAGGCUAAGAUCAGAAAGAGAUUCUCUUAAAGAAACUAUAGAAGAGCUAAGAUGUGUACAGGCUCAAGAAGGGCAGCUUACUACAGCAGGGUUAAUGCCAUUAGGGAACCAGGAACCGGCAGAUAGCUUAGCUGCGGAAAUUAUCACGCCUGAAAUAAAGGAGAAGCUGAUUCGCCUCCAGCAUGAAAAUAAGAUGUUAAAAAUUAAUCAAGAAGGAUCAGACAAUGAGAAAAUCACUCUGUUACAGAGCCUGCUCGAUGAUGCAAACACGCGGAAAAAUGAGCUGGAGACAGAGAACAGACUUGUAAAUCAGAGACUGAUAGAAGUACAGUCACAGGUGGAAGAAUUACAGAAGUCCUUACAAGAUCAAGGAGCAAAGGCAGAAGAUUCACUUCUCUUAAAAAAGAAGCUUGAGGAACAUCUAGAGAAGCUUCAUGAAGCCAACAAUGAAUUACAGAAGAAACGUGCAAUCAUUGAAGAUUUGGAGCCUCGAUACAACAAUAGCUCAAUGAAAAUUGAAGAAUUACAAGAAGCUUUACGAAAGAAGGAAGAAGAUAUGAAGCAAAUGGAAGAACGCUACAAAAAAUAUCUAGAAAAAGCAAAAAGCGUUAUUCGUACAUUGGAUCCCAAGCAGAAUCAGGGAAGUGGGCCAGAGAUCCAAGCUUUAAAAAAUCAACUACAAGAAAAGGAUAAAAUGUUCCAUUCCUUAGAGAAAGAGUAUGAGAAAACAAAGACACAGAGAGAUCAAGAAGAGAAGCUGAUUGUCAGUGCGUGGUAUAAUAUGGGUAUGACCUUACAUAAAAAAGCUGCAGAAGAUAGACUGGCAAGUACAGGGUCAGGACAGUCAUUUCUUGCGAGACAGCGGCAAGCUACAAGUUCUAGAAGAUCUUAUCCAGGUCAUGUACAGCCGGCCACAGCGAGGUAGAAGAACCUUAUGCAAGGAAAUCUGUACCAUAACCUUGUGUUGCACAUAGCUGCAUUUCAGGAAAUGUCACCAUUGUGCUUUUACUUGGUUCCUUCUCUUUUUAAUACCUUUUACAGAUUUAUGUCUUCUCUUUGUCUGUUUGAAAAGUCUUUAUUUUGAAUGUGCCAAAUAGCUUUACACUAAGAUGAAGUGUAAAGAGUAAGCUUUUCUUGUGAGUUUCAAAUAAGAAUCUGGCGGGUCAAUCUAGACGGAGAUUGAUAUUCUACUAAAUGAGGGUGGGUAAAAAAAUGCUGGGAGGGCUAUUACUGUUAAUUCAUAGACUUCCACAUAAAUUUUAGGAGGGUUUCAUUAUAAAGAAUAUCCAUGUACAGCAUUGCUUUACCGGGCACCUUACGCUAGAGGCUAAAGUGCACAUAAGCCUUAGCAUGUUAUUUUAGUGAAUGCUCGGGAUGGUCUGUACAGCAUUUUCACAACCAUUUGGGAUUGUUGGAUCAUGUCUUAAGUAGCUCAUGUGCACAUGCCCUCCUCUAAAUGUACGUACAUGUGGUUACAUUUCAUAGCGAUAGUCUUUUGUGUUGUUAUACCGUGAUUGAAUGAACUGCCUGAAAGAAGCCAUUUGUAUGCACAGAAUGUUCCGUAUUUUCAGGAAUCUGUAUAUAACUCUAUGGUGCUACAUUUGGAUGGGCUGAUAGGAUGCACUUUGCCUCGGUAUCUUCCUGAAAUGCUCUGUCUGAUCACAUGUUUACCCUAUUUUAUUUUACUGGAUUUUAAUGUCAUUUUAUCUUUAAAAAAAAAUAAUGUUUUAUGCAUUAGAAUGAAUUUCAAACCAAACUGAAAUAUCUGCAGUCAUUCUUCAUUUACAGAACAGACUCAUUUAUUUUUGAGUGCCUACAGGGUGCCCUUAUUCAGAUGAACUAGUGGGUUCUAAAGGCCCCACAAAGGACUGUCCAAAAUUUAGCACACACCAUGUUUUAUCUUACAUUGUCUCAGCCUCUAAUAUACCACUACUGUGAUGAUGUUUUGGGUCUAAUUUACAGGGAACCUAUAAUCCCUUUCAUGCUGCCUGAACCACAAGUCAUGGCAUUGGUCCAUGGUGGCAUCUCCUGCAUUGCCAGUUUUAAAUAGAUUUCUCCUUCUACUCAAACAGGGAGAUAUCAAUCAAUCAAAGACCAGUGGGGCAGGCAAAAGCCCCUGGGGCCGCCCCGAUGACUUGUCGUUCAGGCAGCAUGAAAGUGCUGUCCUUUCGAGAUGCACUUUAUAUUAAGUUUCCAAAAUUGACAAAACCGUUGAUCAGUAGGUCAGUAGUAACUUAUUCACCACGUAAAAUGAACAUACAUGGUGCCACUAUGAAUGUUAAGGUGUAUGUAGUGAUUGGUUUAUUGUGUGACCAGUAAGGUAGCACUUUAAGGUAUCCUGUAAAUGGCCACUUUUAUAUGUUGUGUGUUCUUUGUUUCCUUUCUUGUCGUAGAUAACUCGCCUAUUUUUAUCAGUUACCUUGUUGUCAGAAAUAAGUCCCAAUAUACGUCAUUGUAGACCACUGGUUGGACAUGUAUAGUAUUUUAUCCUAGCAGGAGGGAUGAAUGAUGACGGGCACUUGAAUAAAAUCUAUUUCUUCUAGCAAUGUUCCCUCUAGUAUUAGUAGAGGGAACUACCUCCAUAGACAUUGAUUCCCACCAACAAAUUGUAAGGUUUAUGGAUGCUGAGAAGAGGACAAAUGAUUGUUUUUAAAGGGGUACUCCACUGUCCAGCAGUCAAAACAUUUAGUUCCAAACGCUGUGCGUACGCUGCGGGGGUCGGCCACGCCCCUCAAUGUAAGUCUAUGGGAGGGGGCUUGGUGGCUGCCACACCCCUCACAUAGACUUGCUUUGAGGGGGCGGGGCCAACCCCCACAGCACGUGCACAGCGUUUGGAACUGAAUAUUCCAAAUGCUGGCCAGUGAAGUACCCCUUUAAGGAAGGAACUACUCUGUGAAAGAAGUUCCAGUCUUUCAAUUUGUAGGACACUUUCUAAAUCUCUGAUAUUGAGGUGAAUAUUUAGCUCAGUACAAUAUAAUGUAACUGUUAGGAGGUACAGCCGAGGAGCAACUUUCAUAGCUUUUUUUUGGGUUAGUCAUUGCUUGAGUCAACGUAAUUCAAGCUAGCCAUCCAGGCUACAAAACCAUUUCAAAAUAUGUCAUUUUUCUCUAACCCACCUUUUACAUUUAGACAUUUUGCAUUACCCUAGCACAAUGAUUUUCUCAUGUUGUAUGAAUGUAUUUUUAGCACCGACCUUCAUUAACUGUUUUGUGAAGGACAUGUUAAUAUAUCACUAUCUUAGCCUGACCCUGCAUAUAUCAAGCUCUAAAUUUGCCACUGACCUAUAUUGUCCUAUUGACUAUUAGUAAUGUCUCAUGGCAAUAGAAUAUAGUAAUGCAAAGACUGCUAUCAGCCCUAAAUAUCAUUUAUAGCUAUUAAUCCUGAGGCUAUCUUCUUUAUUUUUAUCUUUGCGUGUGGCCAACAUGGCUUACAUGUUUGUUAGUUUUUUAUUUAGAUGUGUAUUAAGGGAAUUUUUUAUUACAUUUUGGCAACUACCUUCAGCUCUAGGAAAGGUACAGUGUUAUAUUUCUCUGCCAAGUGUCAAGGAGGCAGAGCCUAGCUGCUAAAGUGCCCCAGCCUGGCACACCACCUUGCUAUCCCUCACCUUAAGACCCUACUUGAGUUGCGUACAGGGAUGAGCUUAAAGGGGCGUUCCAGUAAAAAAAGCAUUUUUUUUUCAUAUCAACUCGCUCCAGAAAAUUUAACAGAUUUGUAAAUUACUUU